AUCUUAUACAAUAAUCUCGAACUUUGGCUUCAGAUUACAGACCAAAAAUGACAGACGUAACUCUCAUUUCCUCGAGUAUUGUUCGACCACAAAUCAUAAACCAACAAGGUCGUGAAAAGAUCCAUCUAACACCAUUUGAUCUUAAUUUUCUAUUUGUUGAUUAUACUCAAAGAGGUCUUCUCUUCCCCAAACCCGACCCGGAAACCCAUUUCAUCUCUCGAUUAAAAACCUCUCUUUCUUCUGCUCUAGAUAUUUACUUCCCCUUCGCUGGUCGUCUUAGCAAAGUGGGAAAUCAUGAAGACAAAACGGUGUCGUUUUACAUCGAUUGCAACGGCUCCGGUGCUACAUUCAUCCAUGCCGUAGCUGAAUCAAUCUCGGUAAGCGAUCUUCUUCAACCUGAUGGCUCUGUUCCUGAUUUUUCCAGGAUUUUCUAUCCCAUGAACGGUGUCAAAAGCAUCGACGGCGUUUCGGAGCCCUUGCUUGCUUUACAAGUUACCGAGAUGAGAGAUGGAGUCUUCAUCGGUUUUGGUUAUAACCACAUGGUAGCCGACGGUGCUUCAAUCUGGAAUUUCUUCAGGACUUGGUCAAAGAUUUGCUCUAAUGGUCAACCGGAGAAUCUUCAGCCUCUUGCCCUCAAAGGAUGGUUCGUGGACGGAAUGGAUUUCCCGAUCCAUAUUCCGGUUUCAGAGACAGAGACGCCACCACCAAGCAAUGAACUCUCUCCGACAUUUCAAGAGAGAGUUUUCCACUUCACAAAGAAGAACAUUUCAGAUCUCAAAGCUAAAGUCAUCAGCCAAAUUGGCUCGAGUGACCAUAAAGUCUCGUCCUUACAAGCGGUCUCGGCGCAUAUGUGGCGAUCAAUCAUUAGACACAGUGGUCUAAACCAAGAAGAAAAGACGCGUUGCUUUGUAGCAGUGGAUCUAAGGCAGAGACUAAACCCUCCGCUAGAGAAAGAGUGUUUUGGUCAUGUGAUCUAUAACGCUAUAGCUACAACCACUGUGGGGGAGUUGCAGGGUCACGGUCUCGGGUGGGCUUUUUUGCAAAUAAAUAAUAUGUUGAGAUCUUUGACCAAUGAAGACUAUAGAAUUUGGGCAGAGAAUUGGGUUAGAAAUAUGAAGAUACAAAAAUCAGGUCUUGGAAGUAAAAUGACUAGGGAUUCUGUAAUUGUGUCAAGCUCUCCUUGGUUUAAAGUGUACGAUAACGAUUUUGGUUGGGGUAAACCGAUCGCGGUUCGAGCUGGACCGAGCAAUAGUAUUAGUGGCAAACUUGUGCUUUUUCGUGGGAUUGAAGAAGGCUGUAUUGAUGUUCAUGCGUUUCUAUUGUCCGACGUACUUGUGAAACUUCUGGCUGACGUGGAAUUUCUUGAGAAUGUGGCUAAUGUAUGAUUUGAUUGGUUGAGUAAUAAAAACAAACCUUUUAGUUGAGUUUUUUUUUUUUUUUUGGUUUUAUUGUUGAGUUAUUAAACCAAGCUUAGGUGCUACUGCUUGUAAUUCUGUGUUUAUUGUUUACAAAAAAUAAAACUAUUCUGAAAUU